UGACUUUAGAUCAAAGGUUAAAGCGAAUGAUGUGGCUCAAAACGAAACGACUUGUCAAAUUUCGAAAGGAUGUUUAAUUUUCUACUUUUUUAUAAGGCCGUAUUUAUUCUAAAUGCGUUUUUAGUUAAUGCACAACUUUCGGAAAAAAGAUUAUGUGGAAAUGAAGAUUGCUCAGAGGUAAUCGGCGAAGGAAAAACUAUACUAAGGUAUGCAACUCAUUCUAAUGAUCCUCGUUUAUUGUCAUUUCAACCCAACGAGCUGGUCAAAAUCUACAGCAAGGCAGCGGGAAUAAACAAAGAUCUAUGGGGAGUUGAAAUUAAUGGGGUAAAGGGAUAUGUCCCCAAUCGCAUGUUACGGGAAUCAAGAACUUUAAAAAAUCCCACUUUCGAAGUAGAUGUUGAACCAAUUUCAAAAGUGCCUUCUAAAAAUGAACAGCCACAGUUGGAGGUUACGAAAGCGUAUACGGUCGUGGAUGGUACUACUAUUUACAAUGAACCGGAUAUUAAUCCAUCGAGUACUGAAAGCACAGUGCAACCUAGUUUAGUGCCAAAGCCGGAUAACUCAAAUCCACAACAAACGGAACCGUUGCCUCUUCCUGCCUCUACUGUUCAUCCAGAAACUACCAAUCCGGCUGACGGACCAUCCACUACUUCUACCUCUCAAUCGUUACACCACAAAGAAAGUGCCGCAAAUAAUUCGACUGAAACCAUUGAUCUUCCUGAACAUUCAAUAAAAGGAAAUGAUAAUUUGAGUGACAAAAAAGAAACAGGCUCCACUAUUGAAAAUAUCGCAGUCUCUCAAACUCAGAACACUGCAACAGAAAGGGAUACUGUGUCUGAUUCAAAAGCACAGUCGGAUGAUGUUGCAAGUUCAGGAGAUGAUGAAGAGGGGGAAGAUGAAAAUGAUGAGGCAGAUGAUAUUGACAUGGAAGAGGAUGAAAAGGAAGAAGAUGAUCCAGAAUCCACGCAAACUUCUAAAGGGGAAGAAACUAGCAGUGAACAAAAGGAAGAAAAACCUCUUCAAUCUACUAAAGAGGAAAGUGAGCGAAAAGAAGAUGCUAUACCUAAUUCUACAGAGGGUGGAACGAGAACUGAACAAGAAGAAUCUGCACAAACUUCUAAGGGGGAGGAAAGUAAGAGUGAACAAACAGAAGAACCUAUACUGAGUUCUAAAGAGGAGAGUGAACAAAAUGAAGCAAAAUCUAGUCAAUCUACUAAAGGAGAAGGAAUGGAAAGUGAACAAGCAAAAGAACCUACACCAAGUGAAAUGGUUAGUGAACAAAACGAAGCAAAACCUACUCAAUUUACUAAAGAGGAAAGUGAGCAAAAAGAAGAAUCUGCACAAACUUCGGAAGGGUUUGAGGUGGGGAGUGAACAGAAAUCAGGGAAAGAGUAUGAACUGGAUCCCUCUUUGGCCGGUGACAAACAAGGAAGUAAAAUAGAGGAAGCAAAUCAAGAAGAAAGUGGCGAGCAGGAGUCAACAAAAAAUGAUACAGACGAGAAACUAGAAGCUCAGAACAACAGUCAUACUUCUGAUGUACUCGACAAUACUACUGAGGGGUAUGUAGAUGAGACGAAGUUUGAAAUUCAAAAUGAUACUCACAUGUCCACACCGGAAGGCGCUGUUGCAUCCCAAACUGAUGAAGAGAAGGCACACGAAGCCAUUUUGGAACAGCCAGAGCUUAGUGAGCAAAAUAGCGAAAUUCCACACAAACAAGAGCAAAAUGUUAUAAGUUUACAAUCCGAAUAUACACAGAAUGCCACAGCAGAAACGGAAGCGCAGAGUGGUAGCAGUUUUACAGACUCUUCCGCCGAGGAAUUGGCCGCCGUCAGUGGUACUGCGGAUAAAGGCAGUGGGAGCACUCCUCUAUUCCCUUAUGCUAAACACUCGGAAGACUAUUUGUCAAUGAGUAACAAUUUGGGGUUAGACAAUGGGCCCGACCGUUCAAGCAGUUAUAAUGAGUACACAAAUGGUUUUCUGGCACCGCAAGAUAUAAAUUCUGAAAGUGCAAAAGAAGAGGAUGUUAAGAUUGUAGAAGAGGUGGCAGUGGAAUCUAGUAAUGAAGAUGAGGUGGAGACUCAUUUGCACGACUUUGGUUCUCUGCUUUCGCGCCCGAGUGAAGACAGUUGUUCGGCGGAUUGCAAAUUGGAAGAAAUCGUGGAUAGCGAAAAUGGUGAAGGAUAUAACCUCGAACUUCCAAUAAUAAGUUAUAAAAUAUUAACAGUUCUGGUUAUUACAGCCGUGACUGUAGUAGUAUUUUUGUGGGGUUACGCCUAUAUAGACAAGCGUGGGCGGGAGGGAAUUCUGAUUGGAAAAAUCAAUCAUUUACAAAAACAAUUCUUGAUCACCCAAAAGGAGAAUGAGUUACUUACAAACAAAUUGGCAGAUAUUGAAUGCGAAUUCGACGAAAAAUCUAAUAUCGUUUCUAGUGAAGCGGUCGCAAACCUCGAAGCGGAACUGGAGGAGGAGCGAGAAUCUCGUUCAGUUUUGGAGGCGCAGGUGAAGGUUCUCGAAAAGGAGCUCGAAAAUUCUACGGAAGUCGGCAUGGAGUUAAAUCGAAUGUUAUCGCAAAUUUUGAACUCCGAAAACGGCAGUGAUACCCUAGUAGCUAAUAUAGAACAAUUGCAAAGACAAAUUAUUGAGCAGCAAGAUUUAAUUAACAAUUAUAACGAUAAUUUAAAUGUUAAGGAAACCGAAAACCACGAAUUACGUCUGGAAGUAGAUAUAAACAAUACCAAAGUGACCGAAUUGCAAAGCGAGCUCAAUAAAAUGGCGUUAACACUUCUGAAACUUGAAGAAGAUAAAGACACCUCUCAAAGUAUGUAUGAAAACGAAUUGGAUAGUCUAAGAGAAGAUUUGGCAAAAAGACAGUCUCAGCAAACGAAAGAAACAAAUAAAUUCAAUGAUCAGAUGAAAGAUCUCACGGAUAAAUAUGAGGAAGUAAAGCGUAAUUUUGAAUUAAAAUCGAACGAAUAUCGACUACUAAAAGAAAAUGUUAACCAAAUAAAAAAACUCGCCAAUAAUAGUGACGGUGUUAAAUCCUUGCUGGAUGUAACUGCAAUUCAAGCCGAGCUGUUGCAGUUAAGAAGCGAUAAGCAGUUGCUUAUGGAGCAGCUGCAGGUACAAAGUAACAAGUGCAGUACGUUUGAAAGUCGAUACGAGACUGUUCUGCAGGAUUGCAGUAGCUUUAAGGAGAAAUAUGACCUUGCAGAUCGCGAAAAAGUAGAAGCUGUAACAAAAUUGGAAGUAUUAGAUAAAUAUUUCAAGGAGAGGGAAGCUCAACUACAAAGGGAACUGAGCAAGCAGGAAUCUAUGUGGGUCGAAAAACAAGGCGAAGCCACAUCGACGAUCGAACGAAUCAAAUACAUGCAGGAGGAAUUACAGAAUUACAAAGCUCAAAACGAAUCCCUUAAGCAAGAAAUUUUGGAACAAGAAGUGCAGAUGAAGAGUCAGAUAUCUGUAUUGGAGAAGAAGGCUCACGAAAACUGGGUCGCCGUACGUCAGACGGAGAGAAAGUUGGACGACGCAAAGCAAGAAGCAGCGUUGUUGCGGAAUCGACUAACAUUACAAGAGAGAACGCUUAAUGAGGAAAAAAUGCACAAUCGAAUUCAAUCUCCCAUAGAGCUUAAUGGGGAAAUACAGGGUACUCCCACCCAUAUGGCAAAUGAUGCAGGCCCUUCACCAUCUUUACUGUUUGGUACUCGUGAAAAUUUAACAAUUUCUCCACCACUUCCCGGAUUGCCGUUCUUGCCUCCACCUCCGGGUGUACCAUUUAUGCCUCCACCUUUGGGUGGGGUUCCGCUGCACCCGCCGGCGUUCAUGCCACCACCGCCCUCUUUGUUACCUGGCGAUCACAGACCACCACCUCUCGGACGAAUUUCAUCGCCUCCACUAAAUUCACGUUUCCAACAUGACAGAGCCUAUUCACCAUACAGUAGAAAUAGUCCAUCGCCAACCUCCGAUGACGACUAUGACAGAAUGCCGAUACCUCCAAUGUAUGGAGGAUAUAAUUCAUAUAAUAGAGAAGAUCGAAGAGACGACAAUAGGAGAGAUUUACAUCGGCCACCGCCUAUGAUGAACAAUAUCAGAAAUAGUAAAGGUCCAGGUCACAGUUCAGGGUCAGCAAACUCUACAGAAUCCUUAGAAAAAAUCAAUAGACAUAAUUCGAAAGUUUAGCACUUGUAUUAUUGCUUUUGUUAUUAAUAUUAGUGUUGUGAGUUUUCGUUUGGGAUUAAAACGAAUUUUAAAUCAUCGGCA